AUGCAGCUGCGUCGCGAUGUGCUCUUCUCCUUCGCCGACGUCUUGGGUCUGCAAUGUGCGCAGCAUCAUUAUCACCACCACCUCCACCUCCACCUCUCUCACAGUUACAACUACAACUACAACUGCGACUAUCAUCCCCCCGCCUCCCACAGUAUUCAAUGGCUGCUACUAGCACUACUGCUGAUAUUCCUGCACACAGUGCCGCCGUCCAAGGCAACUCACAUCAGUGGCGACUUUCACACCGCCGACUUCUUUCAGUUCCUCAUCAAGUUUGGCUUUCAGAAAGCGGAUCCUCCAUCGCCGCGCAGUCUGCCAUCCUAUGGCUACAUCUAUGGCAAUGUGACGUCCAAGGAUACCUAUAGUGCACCAGUUACGCUUGUCGUGCUGGACAAAUCCACGUUCGUGGACUUCUACAGCAAUCGCACUUAUCGCAAUCGGGAAUUGGCCUGCUCCCGCAUGUUCUCGCGGCUUCAACGCAUCGUCUACGAUCCUGACUGCAAUCCGAGGGGCAAACGCGACUUUCUGCGACGCGUACCCUGCCCUCAUGGAGCGCUGUGUGUGGACGAGGAUGCGCCCUCGAAUGUCAUUGCCGAUCAUCAGUUCACCUACGUUAUCAACUUGGAGGCGGAACCACGCUUCUGGUAUGUGGCACUGGUGGCCUGCUAUCGCAAUCGCACUACAUGUGAAUGGCAUGCCCAUGAGACUCUCGCCAGGACGAGCAAUCGCAGCAGCAACAUCCUCACUACACUGCAGUACAACAUUAAUCUGGUGAAUCUGCAUCCCAACAAUUCGGCAGCGCAUUUGCUCACCUUUCAGUACUCGUACGAUCAGCAGAAUCUGCUGGAAAUGUACCUCAUCUUUAUGCUCGUCUACAUUGUGCUGUUGCCCAUGCAAAUCUACGCUGUGCGCCGCCAGAAGCAUCCCGUGACCAAAUUGUUUACGCUGAGUCUGCUUAGUGAAUUUGUUAGCUUGGCCCUAAUCACUGUGCAUCUGCUGCGCUAUGCCACCAAUGGGGUUGGUGAACCCAAUAUGCAAGCUGCCGGCGAUGUUCUGGACAUCCUUAGUCGCACUACAUUUAUGCUGAUACUGCUGCUGCUGGCCAAGGGUUGGGCUGUGACUCGGCAGCAAAUCAGUCGCACUGGGUGGAUCAUCUUGAUGUCCAUUUGGGUGCCAUACUGUGCAUUCCACAUAUUUCUCUACAUCUGGGAUCGGACGGAAGUGGAUAUCAUAUCCGAUAUUGAUGAAUACCAGACCUGGCCAGGUUGGAUUGUUCUAAUCCUGCGCACCAUGUUCAUGAUGUGGUUUCUGUACGAACUUCGUAACACCAUGAAGUAUGAACACUCCAGCAAGAAACUGGACUUUCUUUUGCAUCUGGGCGCCUCCAGUUUGGUGUGGUUCAUCUAUCUGCCCAUCGUGGCUAUUGUGGCGUUGCAGGUGAGCCCCAUGUGGCGCUACAAGCUGUUGCAAGGCAUCACCAACUCAGCUGACUGCAUGGCCUACUGCGUGAUGACCGGACUCCUGUGGCCCAAUCGUGCCGGGCAAUAUUUGCUGCUAGCGGGCACCAAGUAUGCAGGCAUGGAUGAGCUGGACGAGUUCAACGAGGCACCGCAUAUUGUACGGGAACGGGAGCGUCGUCGCAACUCGCCACCCGAUGAUAUAUCCAUUGGAACGAGCAGCGGUGGACGGGGCAUGGUGUUGUCCACAAGCAUUCCACAUUCGUUGAAUGGUGAUUUGCUGGAGGCAGAGGAUAUGGCUGCCGAGUUACUUACUGAUCUGAACAAAAAUAGUCAUAUAGUGGCAUAGUUUGUUAGUUGGUCAAUCAACGGCAGCAACGGGUUAAUUACUAAGCUUAGUAGUCAAAUGUGCUAAAUGAAAACAGAAACGAAAGAGAGAAAGGAAAAACACAAGAAUGUUAAUCAUACUACACUACACAUACUACCUAAUAUUAUUAUAUAUUAUACUAUAUUUACAUACAUGCAUAGUUAUAUUCCACUUAGACGUACACACAUACCUACACACACAUAUAGUAUAGUAUAUAUACAUAUAUAUAUAUAUAUAUAGUUUUUAGCCGCCUACAACGAAGUCAGUGAGAGUGCAAAGUGCAGCAAACAUUGUUGUGUGAUUUAUCAAAUACUUAUGCUUGAAUUUAACAAUUAGUUUUGUUCGUGAGAUUUGUAACCUAGACAUAAAUAAUUACGCAUAGAUUGAUUGCAAAUGAAACGCUUGAGAAUUAUUUCAUUGUGGUAUCAUAUUAAGAAUACAUUUUAACAAAACUAUAGUUAAGCUUUACGAGUACCAUUUAGUAUAUGCAUGUCGGACACUAUCAUUCAUAUGUAGCUACAAUAGUAUUUUGAUAAGAACAAAACGGAUGUGAAACGAAGAAGUUAUCUAUAAGCAACACUAAAACCACAAAUUGCAAAUGAAAGUGAAACAAGAUAACCCGAAAUCGCAAUAAAUAAAUCAAUCAUUUUUCAAUAUGCAUACAUGGCUUGAUAAUAAGUUUACCUUAUUUAUUUGUUAAGUAAAUUGAAUUAAUAAAUUAAUUCAAAUA